AUGGCGCAAGUGGCAGCUCCAAAGGCUGGGGAGGCACAUGAGAAGGGAAUUGAAUUCGAGUUCCAGCCUGAUGUAAGGUCUUCAUUCUUGAGGUCGCUGCCUCUGCGCGCCAUUUCAAGAUGCUGGGGAGUGUUGACAAGUGUGGAAAUUCCAGUCUCGUUGCGUUCGCAUGUUUAUCGAGCUUGGGCUCGGGCAUUCCAUUCAAAAUUUACCUCCAGUUCCAGAGACCAGAAUAUAGAGAAUCAUCAAUUCAUCAUCCAACAUUCUAAUAAACUGAGCAACAAAGCAGUUUUGACUAUUCAUGUUUCUACGGCAACAACUGAAAGGGCAUUUUCAGUUAUGAACAUCAUCAAGAAUAAACUUAGAAUUAAAAUGAGAGAUGAGUUUCUUGGUGAUUGUAUGGUCCUUCAUAUUGAGAAAGAGUAUGCUGAGUCUAUAGGUAAUGAUGAGUUUUCACGUCAUCAGGUUGUUCUGGAAGGUCUAUGGCAAGAAGGAUUUAUGGCCCUUGCUGCUGUUGGUGCGACAAAUAUUGGAUCAAUUGAGCUUUCCAUCGAACCUGUACUUCAGACAAACCAGACAAGAAAGAAGUUACUGCACUCCGAGCGUCCAGAAGAACGAUUGUAUGAACCUGAUGGUGUUGGUAGGACACUCAAGAAAGGCGAUGAGGUAGCUGCAUUCAACAUGGGGUCAACAGUUGUGCUUGUUUUCCAGGCUCCCAUAUCACUUUCACCAGAAAAUGGGGAGUCCUCAUCAGAUUUCAAGUUUUUGGUCCAAGAUCAGUAG